AUGGGGUCGGCUAGAUCUUAUUUGCAGACUUUCACUGUGGUGGGAGUUAUUUGCCAAUUUUUAACCACUGAAGGUUUGAGCUCUGAGGUGCAGGGAAAGGCUGGAAGCUCCGUGGAGCUGGAGUGCAGAUUUCCGCCAUCAGACCCAGCGGCUGUGUCUUCUGCAUCCCAGCACGUGGUUGAAUGGGUUCGACAGGGAUUUGACAUUCCUGUCCUGAUUAAAUUUGGAACUUAUGCACCUCGUGUACAUCCACAAUAUGAGGGGCGAGUAUCUCUGGUGCGAAUCACCACCCUGAGGUUGGAGGGCCUGCUGCUCGAUGACCAGGGCUUGUAUGAGUGUCGAAUUCUCUCACUGGAUAAGCCCACAGACGAGCUGCGAAAUGGCACCUGGACUGUACUUUCUGUUACUGCCCCACCCACCUUCACUGAAUCUCCACCUCCUGUCCUCGAGGCUUUGGUUGGAAGUCAUGUUUCUCUUUCCUGUGUGGCUAAUGGCAACCCUACUCCAACCACCACUUGGCUUAAAGAUGGUAUUGCUAUUCAAAGAAAUAUUUAUGAGCACGGAGUUUUAUCUCUGCGAGCAGUGAGUAUGCAGUCGGCAGGACAGUACACUUGCCACGCCUCCAACUCUGAGGGAAACGUGACUGGCGUGACAAAAGUGAAGAUCAAAGGUCCACCUGUUAUUGUCGUACCUCCCAAAAGCACCUCACUCAACAUGUCGCAGGAUGCACGUCUCCAGUGCCAGGCAGUGGCUGAUCCUCCCAACAUGACUUAUGUGUGGGAGAAAGGUGGAGAAAACGUCUAUCACAUAGAGUCUCUGAAGUCACGAGUGAAGAUUAUGGUAGAUGGGACUCUGCUUAUCUCCAGGCUCAUCCCAGAGGACACUGGCAACUACACCUGUGUGCCAACCAAUGGCCUGCUGACUCCGCCGACUGCCUCUGCCAUCCUCACAGUGACGCACCCUGCCAAGGUACUAAAAAUGCCCCAGGAAACAUACCUCCCCACAGGUAUGGGUGGUGUGGUCUUCUGCCCAGUGAUAGCUCAGCCUCCGCUGCUCCGUGUGGAUUGGAUAAAGGAUGGAGAACCACUCGACCUGUCUUUGUAUCCAGGAUGGACCUUGACAUCAGAUGGCUCUUUGUUCAUGGCCACUGUCAAUGAUGAUGCAGCAGGCAUGUACAGGUGUACCCCAUACAACAGCUAUGGCACCAUGGGUACAUCUGGGCGAACUAGUGUAAUUCUACAGGACCCCCCAUCAUUCAGCAUCACUCCGGAGAAGGAGUACAAAGUGGAGGCUGGUAGAACCCUGCGUAUCCCCUGUCAAGGAAAUGUGGAUCCAACAAUUAAAAUGACCUGGAGCAAGGUCGAUGUGGCUCGUCGCAUUUCCUACUCCGUAGAAGCCAAUGGCUCUUUGCUUCUGCAGCCUCUCAUCAAGGACCACCAGGGGGUGUGGGAGUGCAGCGCUUCUAAUCGUGUAGCCUCAGUAAAGACCAGUACACAAGUAUUUGUCCUGGGAACCAGUCCCCAUGCGGCUACCUCUCUGUCCGUGUCUCCAGGGGUGAAGCAGGCCAACAUAUCCUGGGAGGCAGGCUUUGAUGGAGGAUCAGCACAGACAUUUUCAGUUUGGGUGAAAAAGAUUUUAGCAAGUGAUGAUGAUGGGAAGCGAGACUGGUUCUCUGUGCCCGUCCCCCCCUCCUCUGGCAGCAGGUUUCAGGUGACAGGCCUGUCUCCUUCCACCGAUUACCAGUUCAGUAUCCUGUCGCAGAAUAAAAUGGGAACCGGCCCCUUCAGUGACAUCGCCACCGCACGGACGUUGGAUCCUCCACCAAGGAGAAAUAAACUAAAGCCCCCUGCGUCGCUGUUAGCUAAUCAGGGUUCAGCAGGUGUUGUUCUGCAAUGGUCCCUUCCUGAAGCUCAGCACCCUCCCAUCACUGGCUUUGUUCUCCAGUCCCGCACCGAACAAGGGGAGUGGUUUAAUUUGGAUGAGGACAUCAGUGCCAACAGCAGCGAGAUAGUGGUUCCGGGUCUGCACAAGGACUGUGUCUACGAGCUGCGGCUGCUAUCUCGACGUGGGGACUUGCUGAGCGAGCCCAGUCCAUCAGUCAAUGUCUCCACCGUGGGUAUGGAGGUCUACCCCUCCACAUCCCGACUCCUGGAGUUCGUCCCAGAGCCAUUACUGGCCGGUGUCCUGGGUGGGGUCGGCUUCAUGUUCUUGGCCCUGGUCUUGCUGCUGGGGUCCGCCUGUGUCAUCAGCCGCAAGAGGAACCAGCGUCGCAGAAAGAAGAAAGAUGAAAGACUUCAGGCACCGGCACUCCAGACAGUGUGCUGA